AUGUUUACAUUCACUACGGUUUGCCAUAAAACAAGCGAUACGCAGCAUCCGCUCGUGAUGCUUCAGACCAGAGAGGGCUCGAGGUUUCUCUUUGGUAAAGUGCCUGAAGGUGCUCAAAGAACAUUAAAUGAAAACUCCAUGAGACUUGGAAAGCUUAAAUCUGUGUUUAUGACAGGUACGUUGGAGCACUGGUCGGAGAUUGGAGGUCUUCCUGGUCUUUUUUUGACCACUAGUGAUGCUACUAGCCGAGGCCUAGAUGUAUACACUAAUAGCAACAAGGUGCUUUCUUAUAUUGUCGCUACGUGGCGGUACUUUGUGUUUAGAAAGGGCAUUGAGCUUAAUAUUGCUGAGCCACAGGAAGGCCAGGCCAUUGGAGACUCGGCGGUGGUUCUACAGCCAGUGAGGAUCCAAAGCGAUGAACCACAGAAACUGGUUUCUCAAGAGGUGGUGGCUACGUUUCAAAGACAGCUCCUGAAAAUUACUUCGCUAAUGUUUCCAAGAGAUGUAAGCCAGGUUAACAGUGAUGACCCUGAUUCUUAUAAAUCUGACCCUUCAGAAACUGAAGCUCAAACGCAUGUGCUGCUUCCAGACCCUUCAGAAACUUUAAACGUUCGUGACCAGGAUUCCCUUUCCUACAUCGUUAGAAUGCUACCUGUGAGAGGUAAAUUCAACCCUCAAAGAGCCAAGGAGCUUGGUGUGAAGCCUGGUGUCGAUUUCAGAUCUCUUACCCAAGGUAAGCGUGUUCAAACAAGUGACGGAAACUGGGUCGAGCCUGAUGAAGUCUUGGAACCACCUCAUCAUUUUCCUAAGACCUUGAUUCUCGAUAUCCCUAAUCAGCAUUACCUCCAAAACACUCUUUCUAGUGACAAAUGGUUCCAAAAAUCAGACACAUAUGGCCAAGAAGAUAUUGGCCUCGUCUACCAUUUCCUCGGAGAUGAUAUCGACUUCAGCAUGAAAGAAUAUACUGAUUUCAUUUCCAAGUUUCCACCUGAUUGCAAGCACGUCAUUUGUCACUCCAAGGUAUGUGACAAUUCCUUGGUUUUCCUCACUUCCACCGUCCAUCACAUUAAGCUCAAGUGCUUUAUGAACGAUAAUUUCAGUCUUCCAUACAGCGACACGAAAGCUCCAUCUUCUAAUCCAAACGUUUUAAAACUUCAGCUGCUUCAGUCGUUCGUUGUCUCUCCAUCGAAAAUAGAGGUGGAUGAGUCAAACGUGCUGAGUGAAACGUCCGCUUCCUUAUACCAAAAGCAUAUUGCUGGAACUGAAAUUGAUGUCAACUUUGACACCCUCGCUCAAAAAGAAACAAUCCUGUUGGCGCCUGUUGAGAAUACCACAUCCGUAAAGGACCACGCCCAGGUGUUCACCUUAGGCACAGGGUCUGCACUUCCUUCGAUCCACAGAAAUGUCUUGUCCAACUUAAUUAGAGUGCCUUAUGUUGACUCUAACACUGGGGAGAUUCGUUUCAAUUCUAUUAUUCUCGAUGGAGGUGAAAACACUUUAGGUACCAUGAUGAGAAUGUUUGGACACAACAACGGCGAACAGUAUCAUCAUAUUCUCCGAGAGCUAAAGCUUAUUUAUUUGAGUCAUCUUCACGCUGACCACCACCUUGGCCUUGUCUCGAUUAUCCGUGCAUGGUUUGAAGUCAACAAGGACAAAGACUCCAAGUUGUACUUGCUCUUGCCAUGGCAAUUCGACCAUUUCUUGAAUGAAUGGUUCAAGCUCGAAAACAACUUUGCAGACAUUGACACUAAUCGUAUUGUUUAUCUUAGUAACGAGGUGUUUAACAGUCGCAGAGAAGCCGAAUUCCAACAAUCAGACAUCGAAACUUUUGAAAAGUUGUACGAUGCUGGCCAAUUGAACUCUUCCAUUCCUCGUAAAGAUAUGGGCAUGCUUCCACAUGAACGAGUCAGAGAGCUUUACGAAGCUCUUAACCUUUCCAAGGUGGAAACCGUGAGAGCUAUCCAUUGCUACUGGGCCUAUUCGGUCAGUAUGACCUUUAACGUUUCUAACGACGAAACCUUCAAGAUUUCCUUUUCCGGCGACACUCGCUCGAACCCAGCAUUCUACAGAAUCGGACAAGGAACAGACUUGCUUAUUCACGAGGCAUCCCUUGACGAUGACUUGAUUGAGGAGGCUUUAGCCAAGAAGCACACAACCACAACCGAGGCUGUCAGGAUGGCCCAGCUCAUGAGGUGCCCCAAGGUUCUUCUUACGCAUUACAGUACGAGAAACUCUGAAAGACCUACCUUCAUUCGUAACGAUCAGGAAUACCAGAGACAGUGCACAAUGCUUGAUAAGUACCUUGGUGAUGUCAUUGAAAACAUCGUCACUCACAGAGUCGAUUCAGACUUUGGAUUCGACGAUAUGCAAAUCUGCUACGCUUACGACACGAUGUCGGUGCGUUACAAGUCGUUUGACUUCCAAAAACCUUUCUUUGACAAGAUCACCAGUCUUUCACCAUAUGAAGAAAGCGAACGUCAAGAAAAGGAUAGGUUGAGAAUGAUGGACAAAAGACAACAAAAGAGAGAAAAGAGACUCCAGUACAAGAAGAUGAAGCGGUUUGUUGACUACCGAGGCGAAGGUGAUGUUAACGUGAAAGCUACGCCGCUUCUACGUAUACUUAGCUUCUGCAAGGCCACCAAGGACGGAAGGCUUACAGCUGUUCUCCACGACUCGUACCAUAAGAUCCUAGUACUCUUUACUAAGGAAAGCUUGGUGAAGUAUGAGAAUAUUCAUAUGGAACGGUUUACGUUCAUGUCUGUGCUAUCCAUCAUGAUCAUCAAGGGAGCGCACCUCAGGUUCAUUACGAUCCCACAACUACGAGAGCUUUUUGGCGAAGUGGCUGGCUUGAGGCUUGAAAAUGGUCUAGGGAUAUUGAUUCUUGAAGUUACAGACGUGGAUUCGAUGCUUAAGCAACAGAUACGCGUGGCUGCAAAGGACGAUGCAGCUCUACCGUUCAUCUAUAGUGAUCCAGAAUACAUUGAGUGUUUUCGAGAAAAACCAGAUAUGAGUGACUUGAAGGCUCAGAUGAGGUAUUUAACUGGUGACAUGGUAUCUGACGAGGAGGAUGUGUGA